GACGGACGCGAAUUUCAAGUCGGGGAGGCCAUGAAAGCCAGAGGGUUAACUGCACAACAUCCUGUUGUCAUUAUUCCAGGAAUAGUGUCAACGGGUUUAGAGUCUUGGUCCACAUCUCCUGAUUACAGAGCGUUCUUCCGAGAAAAGUUAUGGGGUGCUUUCAAUAUGCUUUCGCAAGUCACCUUCAACAAAGAAAAGUGGAUUGCUGCUAUGAUGCUCGAUCCAUUGACAGGAUUGGAUCCGCCUGGCGCUAAAGUACGUGCGGCGGAAGGAAUAGAUGCGGCGAGCUCCUUCAUACAAGGGUUUUGGAUCUGGUCGAAGGUCGUGGAGAACUUAGCCGUCGUUAAUUACGACACAAACAACCUGUACUUAGCUCCUUACGAUUGGAGGCUAUCAUACUAUAACCUUGAAGUACGCGACGGUUAUUUUUCAAGGCUCAAAAGCACGAUUGAAGGACUCAAAAAGCGACAGAAUAAGAAGGUUGUAAUCGCUGCGCACUCAAUGGGAUCAACUGUACGUCAUCGCCACUUAUACACUUAUGAGACCUUCAAAUGGGUUGAAUCUCCUCUUCAUGGCAACGGAGGGAUUGAUUGGGUAGAGAAUCACAUUGAAUCUUAUAUCUCGAUAGCAGGUACCCAUUUAGCAAAAGCUAUGUCUGCCUUCUUGUCCGGCGAAAUGAAAGACACCGUGCAAAUGAAUCCGGCUGGAGCAUAUGUGCUUGAACGCUUCUUUUCGAGGAAGGAGCGACAGAGACUUUUCCGCAGUUGGGCGGGAAGUGCGAGCAUGUGGCUCAAGGGCGGGAAUGCUGUAUGGGGCAGCGCGUUGCAUGCACCAGACGAUGCUUGUAACAAUACCCAUACCCACGGAGAGCUAAUUGCGUUUAGGUCUCUCUCACCGCAAAGCAACGGUGACACCACGAGAAACAUGACGGCAGAGGAGGCAGGACUGUGGAUUUUGCAACAUACCCCAACAGCUUUUCAAAAAAUGCUGGAGACGAACUAUUCGUAUGGCAUCGAACGGGACGAGGAGCAACUCAGUCGCAAUGACCUCGAUCACCGAAAGUGGACGAACCCACUUGAACGGUUCCAAUUGCUCCCUCGUGCCCCUUCUAUGAAGAUAUAUUGCGUGUAUGGUCAUGGCAAGGAAACUGAGCGCUCCUACUGGUACGUCCAGGGAAAAGACAGUGAAGCUGCGGAUGCUGUCGACACAGAAUGUACCGAUCCCCACUCUUCUGAAUGUGGAGUCCUCAGCCAACACCUGGGACCUCCUUCAUUGCGGGAAAGCUGGAUCGAUUCUGAUUAUACCAACAACUCUGCUUUUCCCAAACUCUUGAACGGGGUGAAAAUGGGAGAAGGAGAUGGAACAGUCAGCCUGGUGAGUUUGGGAGCAAUGUGCGUGGAGGGGUGGAAGAGACCGAGAUGGAAUCCGGCCGGUAUCAAGAUCACGACAGUAGAGCUGCCACAUCGCCCGACUGUAACUAUGCCACGAGGGGGCGCAAAUACCAGUGACCAUGUCGACAUCCUUGGGUCGACUGGGCUGAAUGAGGUCAUCCUCAAAGUAGCGACCGGGGUUGGCCACGAGGUUACCGAUAAUUAUGUUUCCGACAUUCAGAGAUAUGCACAGAGGAUCCAGUGGGACUGA